UCCACCCCCCCCCCCCCAAAAAAAAAAAAGUAAAAGAAAAAAAAAAAUUCUUCUUCUUCUCCAUUUUCUUUUUUCUCAAAGCUUUCUCCUUUUUCUAUAUAUAUAUUAGAGCAGGAAAAAUAAAAAGAAAAAAGAAAAUUGGUAAUGGAUGAAAUAGAAGUAGUGAAGUGUGAGUGUUGUGGGUUAAAAGAAGAAUGCACAAAAGAUUACAUUAGUGAAGUGAAGGCCAAUUUUGACGCUAAAUGGCUUUGUGGCCUUUGUUCUCAAGCCGUUGGUGAUGAAAUUUUGUUCAGAUCUAAAAACAAUCACCACUCGCCGCCGCCGUCCUCCGGAGGAAUUCAAGACGCCGUUAAUGCUCACAUGCUUUUCUGCCGUAAGUUCAAAUCUAACCCAGCCGUUAGAGUCGCUGACGCCAUGAAGCAAAUCUUGAGAAGGCGCUCAACCGACUUGUCGUCUCAAUCCUCUUCUUCUUCUUCUUCUUCUUCUACUACUACUAACAAUUUCUCCACCUCUAAUCAUUCUACUCCUUCUUCCCAGGUUUCCGACAUGUCGUCUUUCUCUUCCCUUCGAUAAUUUCCAAACUUAUAACAAUCAUAAUAAUUAUUCUAUUUUUUUCCUCUCUUUUUAAUAAUAACUAUAUCCUUCCUU